CACCCCAACUUCAAAAUCCCGAGAAAACAAAAACCCUCCCAAAGCUGCUGAAUUUUCCUCACUUGAAAAGGAAAAGGAAAAGGAAAAGAAAAAUCAAAACCCCUCACCAGGUGCAGCAAAAGAGAAAACAAUCAACCAUCAAAGCAGCAGUGCUCGUAUCAUCAUUAUGCUGCGUCGUGCAGUACGAAGAGCUGCUUCUUUGGCCACCCGAACCGCCUUACACCCUCGCCAGUUCGUUUCCGGUUCGGCGUCCAAACCAAGCCUGUCCAUAUGGAGGCGCAAGAAAGAGAUGGGCAAAGAAGCCCUCAUCGCCGCUAAAGAACUCAAGCGCCUUCGCUCCGAUCCGCUCCGCCUCGACCGCUUCGUCGCGUCGCACGUCUCUCGCCUUCUCAAGUCCGACCUUGUCGCCGUCCUCGCCGAGUUCCAGAGACAGGACCAGGUCUUCCUCUCCAUGAAGUUGUAUGAUAUAGUGCGCAAAGAAAUAUGGUACCGGCCAGACAUGUUCUUUUACAGGGACAUGCUUAUGAUGCUGGCAAGAAACAAAAGGGUGGAAGAAGCAAAGAGGGUAUGGCAAGAUUUGGAAAGCGAGCAUGUCCUCUUUGAUCAGCAUACAUUCGGAGACAUCAUUAGAGCUUUUCUAGAUAGCGGAUUGCUGUCUGAGGCAAUGGACAUAUAUGAAAAAAUGAGACAAUCCCCUGAGCCCCCUCUUUCACUGCCGUUUCGCGUGAUAUUAAAAGGGCUUCUUCCUUAUCCAGAAUUGAGAGAGAAAGUAAAAGAUGACUUCUUGGAGAUUUUCCCAGAUAUGAUCAUCUAUGACCCCCCAGAGGACUUGUUUGAAGAUCAAUCAGGACCAGGAUAUAGAUAAGAAUUUGUUUAUUUAUUUAGUUUAAACUUAGUUACCUAGAUUCUCUGGCAUGUUGUACAUUAUCCUAUGAUAAUAACGUGAAAAUAGAGACAACGAUUUUUGAAGCCUAUGUGAUGUUAGUAAUAGGAAAUUAUUUUUGUUCUUUCCUUUAGAAACCCAGACUUUCCCCAUUAAAUCAUUGUACAUCUCAGCUUAACUAGGAACGGAUGUGGAUCAUACAUUACUUCAUAAGCAUAGGUCAAAAGAUGGUGGCGAGUUAUUCAAUGAAUACACACAAGAUUUAUGAAAUUUUAUUA